UUCUUACAUCAUCGGCAAUAACAGUAGGUUGGAUAUCCGUCCGCCUAAUCUGACUCUUCUUCUCUCUUGCCUUGCAGGGUAUUUAUCUAUUAUGGGACAUGUUCUGUUAUCAUUCAUAGGCUCGAAGGAUUUCGCUUGAACAGUGCUCUCUUGCUUCUAAUCACGAAAUAAAUCUCUAACUGGUUCUUCAGUACUUACGUGUAGUUCAUUUUCCCAAUAUAGAUGCACCUAUACUCGACCAGCCAACAUCGUUACCGGAGACCGAGCGUUCAGCCAUUUAUUACAGCAUCUUCAGGCAAUCCCGUUCGCCGGACUUGCAGGGUAGGCCAUUAGCACAAACGGCUUUAACCUUCUGCUCUAACCUCCGUUAGUUAUUUGUAAUCAGUCAAUAAUCAUUGCUUGCGUCCACACACAUAGGGCCCAGGGAAACAGGAGGCUUAGUGCUGCCUCAUAACUUCGACCGACAGACCAAUCUACUCAGUCCAGUAAGAAGGGGAUACUAGUGAGUCUAGGGCGAAUUAAGUCGCCCACUCUUUGCAAUGACGGCUGGGACUCCCUCUGCUCUGCAACAGCAGCAGCGACAGCCGCCUCUAAAACAGAAGAUGGCUUUGGGAUUCAAGUCUUUGCUCGGCAGCGCACGGCGCUUUGCUACCGGAGAAGAACCCCCCACGGUCGCUGACGUCGCCGAGUUGUUCUCAUCCACGGAUCCCGCCAUUGAUGGCGAGGAUUGCACGCAUGACUGCGAGAGCUGCCAUGUCUCGUAUCCCCGUGGCUUCAAGGUUGAGGAGAGUGAUAUGUUGUAUGGUCAUGUGAAGGGCUGGAGCACACAUGUUAUUGUUGCCACUGGCAAGACGGACUGGGUGCGCGACGUUGAAGAUGAGAAAGGAAGUGUCAUGGAAGCAUUCGGCGCAGCUGUGAAACCUUCAAACGGGCGCCUCAUGCUCUCCGCUUCGAACAUGCCUACACCCUCGCACACAUCGGAUUACUCCGAGCCUACAACCGCUAUACUUCUGCCCGCCUUUACUGUCAUCGAAAACAUCACACCUGCUGCUGUCCCUCUCCUAAUAUCCGAGUAUAUCAACCAUGCGCCGACGUCCAAGUCACCCCUUGCGCCCAUCACAUUGCCGCGAUCGCUCCCUCUUCCGAGCCUACCCGACGCACAACAAUUACUAGCCCGCCCCUCCCCACACCGCGCCCUCAUCCUUCUCUGCUCCCAUAAGACGCGCGACGCUCGCUGCGGACAAAGUGCGCCUAUACUUCGGAAAGAGCUAGAACGGCAUCUGCGACCCCUGGGCCUCUUCCGUGACCUCGACGACGAGCGGCCUGGUGGCGUAGGUAUCUACUUCAUAAACCACGUCGGAGGCCACAAGUACUCGGCCAACAUGAUGGUCUAUCGCCGCCCAGACGCCUUUGGUGUGGAUGCUGUACAAAGGGGUAAAUUACCUCUAAACGAGGAAAUUCAGAUCAAGAAGGCUGUGCAGAAGAAGACGGAGACGCCCGUCGUCGACGAUGCCGAGGGCAUGACGAAUGAGGGCAAGCCGAAACAGGAAAAUGGCGGAGACGAAGACGACGAUAUGGGCGCUGGCCAGUGCAUCUGGCUUGCCCGCAUCCGGCCCGAGGACUGCGAGAACAUCGUAAAGUAUACCGUCCUUCAGGGGAAAGUGGUGAAACCUGAUAGUCAGCUGCGUGGCGGUUUCGAUCGAGCCAAAGGCUUGAUGAGUUGGUGAUGGAGAACUUCCGAGCUGAACACAGAAAGAGAUGAAGAAAAAAAAAAAUCACAUAACAGCCCUCAUCCUUUUUGCUUCGCAUACUUACUUAGACUUUAUUGUUGCAAGAUCAUGCGCUACUGGCUAGAUACUUGGUGCCGGGAACUGAUUCUGGAGGGGGAAAGACCCUAUUGAAAGCGCAGAGCGCCAACUUUAGCUCCAGAGGAGCCAUCGCAGUUCGCAGCUCAUCUUUGACUUUAGACGGACUAGAAUCAAAAGACAGGCUGUUGCAGUUAGUUACUACUAUGUAGAGUAGACGUAGAUAGAUGCUUAGGCAUCUAGAAAAACCGCGGUGUACACCACUAGUGAUUCUAUUAGCGAAUAAUAGAUAAGGCAGCCACAAUAGAUGACAAUGUUUUCAUUCCCGUGCUUCUGAGUGAUUAUAUUAUUGCUGAAACCAUGUGUUGUUGCGGUUGCUCAGG